UCAGCCCCUUUCCAUACUACCAUGGCUGGGCUACUGAAGAGAAAGUUUGACCAGCUGGAGGAAGACUUCCUCAGCUCCUCCUCGUCCUCUGGCAGUCUCUCUCUUUCCUCAUCCCCCGGUUCUUCUGUCUUCCCUGCCUGGAACUCAGAUGAGGAGGGACCGUGUGGUCAGGCACCCCAGCCUGACCAGGACUCCUGUGGCUUCCGAAGUUUCACUCCCCCAUCCAUCCUGAAGCGUGCUCCUCGGGAGCGUCCGGGCCGUGUGACCUUUGACGGCAUCACUGUCUACUAUUUCCCGAGGUGCCAGGGAUUCACCAGUGUGCCCAGUCGUGGUGGCUGCACCCUGGGCAUGGCUCCCCGGCACAGCGCCUGCCGGCUUUUCUCCUUAGCUGAGUUUACACAGGAGCAGGUCCGUGCUCGGCGGGAGAAGCUCCGGCAGCGCCUGAAGGAGGAGAAACUGGAGACGCUGAGGUGGAAGCUUUCCACGGCUGGAGUUCCAGAGGCAGGGACAGGCUUGGCCCUCACGGUGGAUGCCAUCGAUGAUGCAUCAGUAGAGGACGACUUGGCACUGGCUAUAGCGGAUGGCCGCUUGGAGGAAGUGAAUUUCCUGCAGCCCCACCCACCUCGGCAGCGGCGGGCCCUGCUUCGAGCGUCAGGUGUCCGGAGGAUCGACCGAGAGGAGAAGAGGGGGCUUCAGGUGCUGCGCCGCUCUCGGGAGGACUGUGGCUGCCGCUGUGAUGGAGUCUGUGACCCCGAGACCUGCAGUUGCAGCCUGGCUGGCAUCAAGUGCCAGAUGGACCACACGUCAUUCCCCUGUGGCUGCUGCAGUGAAGGCUGUGAGAACCCUAAUGGCCGCGUGGAAUUCAACCAGGCGAGAGUGCAGACGCACUUCAUCCAUACACUCACACGCCUGCAGAUGGAGCAGGGUGCUGAGAGCCUGGGGGACACAGAGUCUCCCGUCCAGGACGGUCCCGUUGAGCAAACCCUGGUUGCCCCUUUUCCGAUGGCCAAGCCCCCUGUGAGCAGUGAGCUGGGAGAGAACAGCUGUAGCAGCGACAUGACCGAUUCCUCGUCCUCGUCCUCCGGCAAUAGCGAGCCUGCGGAUCACCCUGCCCACCCCAGCCUGCCGGGUCCCAGCUUCCAGUCUGGCGUGGAUGAAGACAGCCUGGCACAGAUCCUGAAUUUCAGUGACUCUGACCUCGGUGUUGAGGAGGACGAGGAGGAUGAGGAAAGGGGUGUGGGCAACUUGGAUAACCUCAGCUGUUUCCAUCUGGCUGACAUCUUUGGUACCGGUGACCCCAGCGGCCUGGCCAGCUGGACUCACAGCCAGCCCUGCUUUAGCCUCGCAUCGGGCAUCCUAGAUGAGAAUGCCAACCUGGAUGCCAGCUGCUUCCUAAACAGCGGACUUGAGGGCUUGAGAGGAGGCAGCCUCCCUGGCAGUUCCGGGUCCCCUGGGGUGGAGGCCGUGCAGGGUGGCUCUGUGGACCUGAGUUUAUCCUCCUGUGACUCCUUUGAGUUGCUCCAGGCUCUGCCAGAUUACAGCCUGGGGCCUCACUAUUCUUCCCGCAGGGCAUCUGGCAGCUUGGACAGCCGUGAGGCCCUCCACCCUUUGCCCAGCUCUCCACCAAGGGAUGCCAGCACUUGCUUCCUGGAGUCUCUCGUGGGCCUGUCAGAGCCUGUCACGGAUGUCCUGGCACCCCUUCUGGAGAGCCAGUUUGAGGACGCUGCCUUGGCGCCUUUGAUGGAGCCGGUGCCUGUAUAAGAACUGCGAUGCCAUUUCCCUGAGGUCUCUGUGUGUAACGGUCUCCCGUGGGCUGGGCCUGGCCAUGGGUGCUAAAUGCGCCCUUAUUUUUACAUUAACACUCGGAAUUUUAUUUAUUUUUUUAUUCUUUUUUAUUCUUUAUUGUGAACUGUAGAGAGGGUAGGGAGGGACGUCCCUCUUUCAAUCCCUGGUCUCUAUAUCCAAACAAGAGGUCUCUA